AUGCCUUCACGACUAAAUACACCGGUCUUGACCGUCGACGCUGGUCUCAUCCACAAGGUCGAUACCAGAAAUGUCGAGAACCUCUUCAGCAUGUGGACAGUUUUUUCCAGAUGCGCAGGAUCAUUAGAGGAAGGACGAAGAUUAGAGAACCUGAGCUGGAGGUUAUGGAACAGAGAGACUUUCUGUUGCGAUCCAGUAUCAGAAGCCAAUGCAACGACUCCAGCAAUCUCCAUCUCAUCAAGAAGUUCAGAAGGUCGGUACUCCUGCACGGAGGUACCAAGUCUUUCUGGAAGUCUCGACUCAUUAGAUGAAGACGCUCUAGAGUUUGAUACCGACAACUCCUCCUCAACAUCCGCUCCCGUCGAUAUCGCCCACCCAGAAAUCCAGAGGCACGAUUCAGUAAACAGCCGGAGUCGGGGCCGCGAACGACAUAUUACACCUGAUGACCUCGAGAGGAUGGUCAUCACAAUCAAGGAGAAGAAGGACCUCGAGCCACUCGCUCCCAGCACACACACCUACCUCGCGCCUCUGGCCCAGAAGAUCCCAGAACCAGAGCAACCUGCCACUCCCGAAAUCGUCGAACCCGUCGACACUUCGUUUACCUCGGAUGCUGGCUCCGAACAAUCGGCGCAAGGAUCACAAGCAUCAUCUAGUACCAGCGCCACCUCGGAGAGAAGUACCACGAGCGUGGUCAGAGGCUUCUCGCCUUCACAUGUUAGCUCAUCAUACCGAUCCAUUCCUCUUCUUACUGCACCCUCGUCUAUCCCAACAACCGACCUCACCGACGCUCCAGCUGCUAAAGGACCACAACCCAAGAAGCACAACAUGUUCGCCCUCGGUGGGUCUUCAGGUGAAGAUUCUUUGAGUGAGCAAACCAACUCCAUGGAGAGCAACUUGCAACCUAUCCAGCAGAAGAAGAAGGCCGUCUUCAGCUUCGGCGGCUCAUCAAACGAGGACGAGAGCUCUCUACCUCAGAAGAUGAAGCUGCAAAGUGCGUUGGCUGCAAGCCGACCGCUUGCCAAUAAGAAGGUUACCUCCUUCAAAGAGGAGGUUGCCACCCGGACGAUCAAGGAGGAGCCUGUUUUCGACGACGACGUCUUCGAGUCGGACGAGGAUGAGAUUGACGAGAGUGCUAUCGACGAUGACGACGAUUCUUCGGAUUGGGAGGAUUCAGUAGAGGACAGUGGUAACGCCAGCAUCGACGAGAAGACCUUCUUCCAACGCGUCGACUCGAGACCGAACUUGACCUCGCGCCGAUCCUUGAUCACCACCAUGCUUCAUCAGAAUGACCGAGCCAAUGCUCUGGCUACUGCGGCUGCAGCUUCGCGAUCAACUCCUGCUCUUCAUCGAUCGCGCACAUCCUCUCCUAAUGGACCAUCCCUCGCAGCGUCACCAGACUCUGAUGAUGCCGCACCUCUCAUGAUGAAGAAAGGUCUCAAGCCAAUCUCUGAAAUCCCACGGUCAGCAGCUCAACCUAUCAUUCAAACCACUACAAACACUACCCCACAUCAACUGGCUCUCUCACCAAGAACAACCCGUCGAAACAUGCUUGCUUCGGAACUCACUGUCAGUCUUCGCCAACAUCUCCUCUGGGAGCGUAAGCAGAAGUCGCAGACUGCCAAUGCUGUUCUUAAGCGAAGACACACAGCACAUGAUGUCGCCAACCUCAAGCAAUACCCCGAGAAGGCUUUCAUGGACAAGGAAGACUCCCAGAAGUCAACCUGGAACGACUACUAUGGUCAGGGAUUGGGCGAAUACCACUCGAGAGGAUGGUAG